CUGCUUCAUGUCGACAUAAAGGAGGUAUCAAUGAAUAUCUAAAUGGAUCCCUUUUAGCUCUUCUAUAAAAAAGGAGAUCUCUAACAGUCUCUGAACAUACUUGGGAAGUUCCAUUCAUCUAUGGCUCAACUCGGAUCGAUCUCCUCGCAGACCGAGGUAAUAAGCCAUGUCUUCAGUCUGGUCGAGGCGUUUAGAGCCUUCGAUGCUGACAAUGAUGGUUUCAUCACUGUUGCAGAGCUUGGGGGCCUGUUAAGUUCACUUGGGUAUGGUGCAAAUGAACAAGAUGUGAAGGCUAUGAUGCAGCAAGGUGAUUCUAAUGGCGAUGGGUUGCUGAGCAUUGAAGAGUUCUUGGAGAUGAACACAAAGGACACUGAGCUCGGGGGCUUGGCCGCCUUCCUUCAAACCGCUUCUGAAUCUUUGGCCCUUAACAAUGAUGAGCUCUUGACAGGGGAGGAGUUACAUGAGCUUGUGGGGAAUAUGGGAGUUGGGUUAUCAUUGGAGGAUUGCCAGAAUAUAAUAGCCUCCAUGGAUGAGAAUGGGGAUGGGGCUGUCAGUUUGGAGGACUUCAGACUCAUUGUCAAUUCCCUCCUUUAGCCUCCUUCAGUCUAUUUUAUCUAUAUAUAUAUAUAUAUAUAUAUAUAUAGGCUAAAAGGGUAAUAAUAAUAUGCAAUAAGGGCCAAGGGUUUUGGGCAUCGCUAUUCAUCAAAAUCCAAUGUAGCAACUAGCAAAAGCUAUGCUGAUAUCGAAAGUUCUAAGGUGUUUCAUAGAUUAAUGACUCGACAUCCUCCUUAUAUA